GCGAGAGAUUUCAUGAUAUCUGCUGCUACUAGUUAUGCCACUACAAGCCCUCCAGAGCCAAGUUUGGGUUCUAGGCUAGCAGGUAUGAAGUCGCAACAGACAAAUAUGUCGCAAGCAAUUGAUUGGUAGGAGGGCAUGAUCGGAUGAAUGAGCACGGCGCCCUGAUACUAUCACAUAUGUGAGCGAGCCUGGGAAUGAAAUCCUUCGAGAAAAUCGAGUGGACUCAGCGUGCUGCAUAGCCACUGCAUGUGGAACUCCACCACCGGCAGCAUGAUGAAUGCUCGAACACGUUUAAAUAAGCUCAACAAGAGGGUGUAGCGUUGAACGGCCCUACAUUGCCGUCCAUCGUCCCCACAGCGACGCCUGAAUCCCUCAGCAUGCCUCCUUUCUUAGAAUAUCGCAACUGUGAAGACGAGUCCGAGGUGCACAUGCUGCCAAUAUCCCCUCAAACCCGCUCGGUCCGGCUCCCUAAUCUUCGCUCUGGCGUAUACAUAUCGCGCAUCCUGAGCCGUCCACCGGAGACAGGAGCUACAUCCUCGCUUGAUAACCUGCGCAGCUCGCCUUUCCUCGAGCACAGAGAAGAGAUCAGACUCAUGCGAGGAUCAUGGCGCGGAGUGUCCAUGGAUUCUCUCGCUCGUCCUGCCUCUGCUCCCCCUUUGACCACUCAGCACAGGGUUGUGCCAGGAGGGAGCUAUAUUGCCGGCGGGGAGUCGAAUCCGAACAGGCUCGUCCAGGACACGCCAGCGUCAAGUUUUCCGAAUGACGCGCGCCGGUCAGAUAUGCCAUUCCCAGCAGCCGCGGGUCUUUAUCCUCCCAGUCUCCCGGAAGUGUAUGGCGGAGAACACCUUUUACUUGAUGACAGCAGUAUCGACAGAGACUUCCAGGUGCUUGCUGAAAUGCUUGGGCUGACCGAAGACGUUGAAAGCGGUACACUGUUCACCUGGGCCAUGUCUGAUGCCUCAGGCCGCCCAUUUGUUCCGAAUAGCAGACACGAGGGGAUCGCAGACACAUCGGACGCUGGCCUAGCGUUGGAUGCCCCUGCGACGCUUCGCCACGCGUACCAGGACAUCGAGGCUCUGGCUCCUCUCGCCUUCGACCCGCCGCGGCCGCGGCCGAUUGUGACUGCGGACUUCCCGCAAGCAGCAACAGACGAUCCUCAGGCAACUGAGGAUCACCUGCUAUAUAAUCUCAAAUCUGCAGGAAGUCCGGCAGUUCAGACUUUGCCUGGUGCCGACAACGUAUGCGGCGAGAACGCCUCAGGCGCACAGAGCGAAGAACCUCACCUGAGCGAAGCAGUCGUCCCGGCGUCGCAAAGCACAUCAGACCGCGUCGCUGCAACCGGCACCGUCCCAGGUCGCUGGUGCGCGUUCGGCGAAGAGUGCUCUCACUCUAUUACAGACCCGAGUCCACGUGGCAUAAAGGGACAUCUCGAACAGCACCAUGCUCCUGGAUUGUUCUAUAACGUGGAUAAAGUUCAAUGUCGAUGGCGUACCGGCAGGGUGGAGUGCGGAAGAUGGCUCUUGGGCACGUCUGGCCUCGCCAAGCACAUCGCUCGAGCGCAUCUGAAGAGCACCGAAGUACGAUGCCAGUAUUGCAACAACCCUUUCUGUCGACCAGAUACACUAGUGAGACAUGUCAAGAAUGUCUGCACUGAAGCCAGGGCGGCGCGGGGCGACCGCGAGGUUCGCGAUUUGCUUGGAGAUGCGGCGACAUGAAGGAUGCGAAUCCGAUGGGAAGCUUGAACAGAAAUAUUGUAUUAAACAUACCGACCUACCGUAUAGAUCCAACAUCGUCAAAUAUGACCUGCAUGCUCGAUCAUGCCCGUACGUCCUGCCAGUUAACAAAGUACGUGCCCGGGCCCCGGAUGUUCUCGCAGAAUUCUUUCGCCCGGUCAAAACCGACUGCCAAUGGUGCUCAUGUCGAGCAUGCCGUGUCGUCCUGAUUGCUAAGCUGGGAAUGUCUGUCAAAGUAAGUAAGUCGCCUAAGUACCAGCGGAUCCGAGGGCGGCGGGCGGGAGGGGGUUGUGUUUGCAUGUAACAUAGAGUCUGC